UCCGAGGGAAACGGGAAACAGUCCGUGAACACUCGGGGAAGAGGACGGUUUCUCCAGCAAUUCCUGAGGCCAUUCCUACUCUCUCUCGGCUCCACUCGUGUUAUUCGAGACUAUUCAGGGGAGUUUGGAGUUUCGAAAGGCUCGGAUUUUAAUUAUGGUAGUCACACAUACGCUGCAAUGGCCGGAUUACGUGGUAAUCGCGGUGAUGCUGGCGAUAAGCAUCGGCAUAGGAUUGUACUACAGAUGCACUGGGGGAAAGCAGAAGACGAUUGAGGAAUACUUCUCGGCGAAUCGAUCGAUGGGCAUUCUCCCGGUCGGAAUUGCCCUGAUGGUGUCCUUCAUGUCGGCAAUAACACUGCUGGGAGUGUCGUCUGAGAAUUAUGUCUACGGAACCCAAUUCGUCGUGAUUAAUUUAUCGUACUUGCUGGGGACCCCGAUCGUCUGCUACGGAUUUUUACCGGUUUUCUAUCAGCUGCAGGGAACCAGUGUUUAUGAGUACUUGGAGAAACGUUUUGGACGAUCAACACGAGUCCUAGCGAGUUUCGUCCUGUGGAUUCAGCUGUUGCUGUACUCAGGGGUGGUCCUGUAUGCUCCGGCAAUAGCCUUCGAGGCAACCACUGGCCUCUCCAAAACCGCGAGCAUUCUGAUAGUGGGUCUGGCCUGCGCCUUCUACUCGAGCAUCGGGGGAAUCAAGGCUGUGCUGAUCACUGAUGUAUUCCAGGCGUUUCUCAUGUUUGCAUCGCUACUCCUCGUUAUCUUCACAGCCUCCAGUGCUGCCGGUGGCUUCGGAAGCAUUUGGGAAAUUGCUCAGCAGAGGGGCAGAAUCGAAUUCGAUAACUUUUCUAUUGAUCCAACCACAAGGCACACAUGGUGGAGCCUCGUAAUCGGCGGCGGCUGCACGUUCGUGUCCCUCUACGGGGUCAAUCAGGUUCAAGUUCAACGAUUAUUAACCGUCAAGAGUUUGAAGAGUGCAAGAGCUGCCCUGUGGAUCAACUGGCCCAUUCUCACUGCCUUGUCCGUCAUAACUUGCUUCUCAGGCCUAGCUAUAUUCAGUAAAUAUCACGACUGUGAUCCCAUAAAGGACCAAAAUAUUAAACCUGACAUGCUGAUGCCUUAUUAUGUCAUGGAUACCAUGUCGGAGUGGCCUGGGGUCCCUGGAUUAUUUAUUGCAGGAAUAUUCAGCGCUGGUUUAAGUACAAUCUCAGCAGCGCUGAACUCGCUCUCAGCAAUGACCCUCGAGGAUUACAUCAAGCCGCUGUACUCCGCCUGCACAGGCAACGAAAUAAGCCCCCAGAAGUGCCUAAUCUUGGGUAAAAUAUUUGCAUUUCUCGUUGGACUAGCGUCCAUCGGGCUGGCAUUCCUAGCCCAGUACCUGGGGGGUGUCCUCCAGGCGAGUUUGACGAUCUUCGGAGUCGUUGGGGGUCCUCUCCUGGGUCUGUUCACCCUGGGGAUGCUCUGCGAGUCUGCGAAUCAGCGGGGAGCUAUCACUGGGGCCACUGUAGCCCUCUCAUUUCUCCUGGGGAUCGCCUUCGGAGGGCCUCGACCCCUGCCCCCGGAGCUGCCCACCUCCACAGCCAAUUGCAACGUCAAGGUAUCCCUCGACCAGACCCUCCUUGCACUGACGCAGACCAUCGCAGCGAACCAGAACCUAACGAGUUUUGUCAAGGAGUCGGAGGAGGAGAAGUUCUUUUAUUUGUACAGAAUCUCGUACAUGUGGUAUGCACCCCUGGGGCUUCUCAUCACUGUGGGCCUGGGGUGGAUCGCCAGCCACGUCUACAGGUGCUUCAGCGAUCAGGAGGAGAUGUAUGUGGAUCCUCACCUGUUCUUUCCCUGCGUUGCGGAGAGGAUUAGGAGGAGGCAGGAGAGUGGCGUCGACAUUCGGGGCGUCCCAGGGAGCAUUUAUCCCAAGAAGUAUUCGUUCAACCUCAAUGAUCCUAAUAUCACAGACAAAAAUACCACUAAUAUUUAAGGUGUGAUGGGAAUUUGUCGGUAGAUAAUUCUUUAGUUGAAUUCAAUAUUUUUUUGUUUCGUAAUUUAGUUCAGUAGCGAAGCGGGAAAACGGUACAAGCCAAUUUUGAGUAUUGACGAGUUUUCAAUCAAUAUCUCGGAAUCUAAGGGAGAUGGCGAAAUUGGUGUAAUAACGUUUUUUGGAGAGCGGAUUGAGUGCUACAACAAAUGUAAUUACGAAAAUUUCGGUAUCUCCUUUAGAUUCGGAAAUAUUCCUCAAAAACUCAACUUGGAGAUGAGUCGACUUAAAUCGUUUUACCACUUCGCUGGCGAAUUUAGUUUUUUGAGAGGAUUCGGGAGAUUUUCGGAAUGCGAAUUGUUUUUGAGAUGAUGUGAGCCAGAAAUUGGAAGAAAUUUCAAUUUAGUACGACUCCAGGGGCUUUUGCAAUUGGCAAGAAUUAUUCGUUCGGUCAAUCCAAUGAUCCUAAUAUCACAGACAAAAAUACCACGAAUAUUUAAGGUGUGAGGGGAAUUCGUCGGUAGAUAAUUCUUUAGUUGAAUUCAAUAUUUUUUUGUUUCGUAAUUUAGUUCAGUAGCGAAGCGGGAAAACGGUAUAAGCCAAUUUUGAGUAUUGACGAGUUUUCAAUCAAUAUCUCGGAAUCUAAGGGAGAUGGCGAAAUUGGUGUAAUAACGUUUUUUGGAGAGCGGAUUGAGUGCUACAACAAAUGUAAUUACGAAAAUUUCGGUAUCUCCUUUAGAUUCGGAAAUAUUCCUCAAAAACUCAACUUGGAGAUGAGUCGACUUAAAUCGUUUUACCACUUCGCUGGCGAAUUUAGUUUUUUGAGAGGAUUCGGGAGAUUUUCGGAAUGCGAAUUGUUUUUGAGAUGAUGUGAGCCAGAAAUUGGAAGAAAUUUCAAUUUAGUACGACUCCAGGGGCUUUUGCAAUUGGCAAGAAUUAUUCGUUCGGUCAAUCCAAUGAUCCUAAUAUCACAGACAAAAAUACCACGAAUAUUUAAGGUGUGAGGGGAAUUCGUCGGUAGAUAAUUCUUUAGUUGAAUUCAAUAUUUUUUUGUUUCGUAAUUUAGUUCAGUAGCGAAGCGGGAAAACGGUAUAAGCCAAUUUUGAGUAUUGACGAGUUUUCAAUCAAUAUCUCGGAAUCUAAGGGAGAUGGCGAAAUUGGUGUAAUAACGUUUUUUGGAGAGCGGAUUGAGUGCUACAACAAAUGUAAUUACGAAAAUUUCGGUAUCUCCUUUAGAUUCGGAAAUAUUCCUCAAAAACUCAACUUGGAGAUGAGUCGACUUAAAUCGUUUUACCACUUCGCUGGCGAAUUUAGUUUUUUGAGAGGAUUCGGGAGAUUUUCGGAAUGCGAAUUGUUUUUGAGAUGAUGUGAGCCAGAAAUUGGAAGAAAUUUCAAUUUAGUACGACUCCAGGGGCUUUUGCAAUUGGCAAGAAUUAUUCGUUCGGUCAAUCCAAUGAUCCUAAUAUCCCAGACAAAAAUACCACGAAUAUUCAACUUAUGAGUGAAGUUUAUCGUUAGAUAAUUCUUUAAUUGAAUUGAAUAGUGCAAUUGUUUGAUUUGAUUGGAUUAUUUAAUAAUGUAAUUCAAUUUUUUGGGUACGAAUAAUCUUUGCGAGGAUGUGAUCCACGAAUUGGAAGAAAUUCAAAUUCAAUACGUCUCCAGAAAAAAGAUGAUGAUAUUCGUUCAUUCUUAAUAAUCCUGCUAUUGCAGCCAAAAUUUCCUCAAAUAUUGAAUUCACAAUUGAAAUUUAUCAUUAGGUAAUGAUUUAAUUGAAUCAAUUUCGUUGGUUAAUUUAAUUCAAUUCUUCUGAGAGGACUCAAGAGAUUUUUAGUCACGAAUAAUUCUGUGAAGGGAUGUGAUCUCGGAAUUGCUCUGGAAUCAUCGACCAACGGUUGCAAUGCAGAGCUCAAUUUUUUAUCUAAAUAUUUAAUUAGUAAGAAAUUAUUUUUCAUUUUUAUUUUCGAGGCAUCAAUUAUUGUUGUCUGUUUCAUGUCGAAUUCGAGGAAAAACGGGGAUAAAUGAUAUCAAGAUUUCUCUAUUUUUAGAUAUCAUUAAUCCCGCUAUGGUGUAGAUUUUUUUCGGCGCAAUUCCCUUCAAUCGGGAUUUGUGAGCUGAUCUGGGGCGAUUGUUCCAUAAUUGUUGUUCACAGAGGUGUGGAAAAAUCGAUAGAAAACUUGUUACUAUCUGUUUUCUAUUGGAACUCUGCUAUUAAUUUUCGUGCAAAUUUUUAUUGAAAUUUCAUGAAAUUUUGAAUAGAUAUUUAGUAGAAAGUAAAUGGAUAUUGAUUUUUCGAUAUUAAUUAUUCUCUUCCCAUUUUUCACCCAAGAAUUCUUGGACAUAGAUCUUCAAAACUUCUUCCUCAAAUUUUUUGAAUUGAGAAAUAAAAAAAAAUACAGAAAAUAGUUGGAAAAAUUAUGAUCAAGAGUUUCUCCCGCAAAAAUCUCACGAGAAUAAGUAAAUCCCAUGGAAAAAUAAAAGUCUGUAUAAUAUUUUCUGCUAAAUAUCUGUGAAAAAAUCGCACUGAGGCUGCGAAAAUUAGAAUUAUCACAGGAUUCCAACAGAAUGUCAACAUUUUUCUAUUGAUUUUUUCCACAUUUGUAAUUAUGAAUUAGAGAAACGUUAAUAGGAGAUAAUUCGAAAGGCACGAGGCGGUAGAGUACAAAUUACGGUGCUCGAUCUCAAGACAAUAAUAAAUAUUUUUUCGAUAGAGAUCGCGAUUCGUCUUCCAAUGAAGAAAAACCUGAAAUGUUGGGAAAUUGAUGUACGAUGUUGAUUAGCUCUGUUCUCUUGCAUUCCAAGUUUUUCUCAACAACUGCCGAUUUUUAAGGGUAUCAGUACA